GGAGGGUGUCGUAAAAGGAGGGGAAAGCCGCCCGGCCGGCCGAGGAAGGAGCCCCGGGCGCGGCUGGGAGCGCAGGAGGCGCGCAGCCCUGCCGCUCUCCUCGGGCAGCCCAGCGCGACCCUCCCCGGCCCGCAAGGUUUCCAGGAGUGGUCAUGGCCAGCAGCAGGAGGCUGUGAGCAGGAGGUCUGGGUGGCUUCCCCUGUCUCCCUGGCAGAAGCAGAGGAAGAAGCUCUCUGGGUGUGGGAAGCCUCACAAGGAAGCUGGAAGAGGGUUCUUCCCAGGAGCUUGAAUCACUGAGUACCCACCCACAAAGCUUGCUGAAGAAUCCUGGCCUUGCAGUAAGGCAGCUGACUCACUCCUGGUUCAACAAAAAAAUUUGGAAAUGGCCUCUGUGUCAGGCACUUUUGUGGGUCGAAGCAUACCAGUCGAAGUGGAUGAAUCCAUGCCCUGGUCCCAGUUACCUGAACAUGUCUUGGAAAAGGCUUUGCAGCCUUCUGGAGAGGAUACUGGGGAUGAGGAGGUCCAGAGCCCACGUGUUGCUCGAACACCUCAGGCUGAUCCAUCUUGCCUUUGCAGAGCACCAGUUCAUCAUUCAGCACUGUCUGUGGAGCCAGACAGCAGCUUGUGGCCAAAAUACACUGAUCCUGAUGGACGUGGACACUUUGGUUCCUCUGGUGAAUCAAUAUCAGGAGUAUUUCCCUCGAAGACACAUCCUAUAGCUGUGGACAAACCUGGCAUGCAGCCAAGAUCACAGCUUUCAGCUGACACCAGGCACAACUCCAGUAAAUCAGAGCAGAUCUUGUCUGACAUUACUGAGGACUCACUGGAGGAGAGCAGCCAAGGGAGUUCACAGUCACAGCAACCCUCAGGAACCAGACUCCUGGCAGAGCUGGGGACUGUAGAUACAGGAUACAACUCCCAGUCACAAGACGUCAUGGGCAUCAGACAUCUGGAACCCCCCUUACCUCUGGUGUCUGUGCUGAACCCCCAGGACCUCCCAGGACCACUGAUCUCCAGAGAGUUUUUGGGACCUGAGCACCAGCAGUGCCCUCUGUGCCAGCACUUGGCCCAUCCCCGCAGCCCCUCGCAAGCCCAGGGCUGCUUCAGGCACUGCUGCCCGGCACAGCAGCCCCCCCAAGGCCCAUAUGGCAGAGCUCCUUACCAACAUUUUGCAGAGCCAUCGCAACCACUUCCUCCUGUUCCUGGACCUUGCAUGAGAGUUAUCCGCCCAGCCCAGCAAGUCAUCCCAAAUUACUCAAACUUUCGUGCUCCCAAGGGCUCUGGAGAUCGACCGCCCCAGAGGACGUGCUCCUCCCCGGAUCCUCCUCGAUUCCCAAACCAGCUAUACAACGAGCUACCUAAUGGUCAGCUGCCCCCCAAGGCAUGUGGCCUGGACGAAGCUUGCGGUUGUCCUUCUGACAAUUUUCCAUCUCCAGCUGCUGUCCCGAGACCUCUCAGUAACCCUGCAGCCAGGGGAACUCUGAGAACCAGCAAUCUGCCCGAGGAGUUGCGCAAGGUCUUUAUAACCUACUCGGUGGAUACAGCAGUGGAGGUUAUGAAAUUUGUGAACUUCCUGUCUGUAAACGGAUUUCAAACUGCCAUUGAUAUCUUUGAGGACACGGUACGAGGUAUUGACAUCAUUAAGUGGAUGGAGCGCUACCUAGGUGAUAAGACGGUGAUGAUAAUCAUAGCAAUCAGUCCAAAAUACAAACAGGAUGUGGAAGGGGCCGAAUCCCAGCUGGACAGGGAUGAACACGGCUUACAUACUAAAUACAUCCACAGGAUGAUGCAGAUUGAGUUUAUACAGCAAGGAAGUAUGAACUUCAGAUUCAUCCCUGUGCUUUUUCCAAAUGCCAAAAAGGAACAUGUGCCUACCUGGCUGCAGAACACUCACAUUUAUAACUGGCCGAAGAACAAGAAGAACAUCCUUUUGCGGUUGCUGCGGGAGGAGGAAUACAUUGCUCCUCCGAUAGGACCUUUACCAACACUCCAGGUUGUGCCGCUGUGAGCAUUACAACUUAAAGCACAUGACGAGUGGUUGUUAAAGGGUUGUUCCUGGCAGGGAGCCAGCACUCUUCCAGAUGGCUCUUUUUGAUGACAGAAGACACUCUUUCUGCUAAAGGAAUUGGUUGUCUUGGGUUACUCAGGCUCAGCUUGUUCUCUACCAUGUUAAACAUCUAUUUCCAAAGCUGAUGGGGCAGAAGUCUCUUCUCUAGAUUUUUAAAUAAGCUACAAAUGGAAAGAAUGCCCACUUUUAUUUUACCAUCUGGUUUUAACAUAUUCCUUGUAUUAGUCAUUAUAGCAAACAAAUACCAGAAAUAAUGUUGCAAUAAGUGUAAAAUAAAAAUUACAUCCUCCUUUUUGCUCAGGGUUUCUUUAAAGAUAUUCCCGCUCUGUAUAGCAUUACUGAACCAUUAAUUUGUAUAUACACUACUGAAUAUAUUUGCCUUUUGUAAGGCAAUCUUAUAUACUGUGUCCACUUCUAUUAUUGCUGGGGAUAACGGAGAAAUGGGUUGGGUAAGGCAGAUUUUCCUUAGCCUGUCAUGCAUAAAGAGACUUGUCUUCAAUUAGAGGACUUUUAGAUCUGAAAUCUCUAGAGUUCCCUUUCCUCCCUUUCCCUUCCUUGGUCCCUCACACCUCCAGUGUUGCAGCAAUGGUCCCCAAAAGAAGAGAUGAAGUCAUGCCUACGUGUGUGCUGUCAGUGCCAUGGAACACUGCAGUAUUUUUUAUGGCAGCCUUUAGCUUCACUACUGCUCUUCAGCCCUUAUUUAAAACAGAGCAUGUCAAAGGACAAUUGGCAUUUGGAAAGCCAGCAAUUGUUAAGAGAAAGAACAUUGACUCCUACAACUUGCUGUAUGCAGUAUGGAACAAUAAAAUAAUCAAAGAUGGAGAGCCACAGGGUGCUGGCCACCAGGAUGGCUCAAAAACAUCACGUCUGCUAACACUUGAACAUUUUUUAACAGACCACAUAAGCAUGACUGGUGAGGAUUUUUUGCAUUUUAACAGCCUUAACCUUACUGAGGUAACACUGGACCGUAUUGGCUUAAAAUUCUGCAGCCCUUGUUCUUUAGAACAGUCGUACCAAGAUCUUCCUCAGCUUUAAUACUUGUCAUAGAAUGACCCAAACACAGCUUUAUAAAAAAGUACAUGUGUUUGGUAGCCUGAAAAGAAAAUGAGCCCAGAAGUUGAUACUCCUCGUACAGUAUCCAAAUUAUUUAAUUAGCUUUCCAUGGAGGGGAUGCAGCAUGUGCUUUAUGGUGCUCAUGGGGAAAGAAUUAAAACUCAGAUUUUCCUUUAGCAGACUUUUGCAAAAAUAAUUGCAACCAUUCAAGAGAAGGGUGUAUUCAGUGUUGUCAACUCUUAUGAUUUUGAUUGUGGUAUUUGCUGUGCUUCUUGCAAUUCCAGUUUCAAAGGGGAAGCUCAACAACUGAAACAGGCCAAUACCUGACAUGCCAGCAGCUUCUUGAGAAGGCACAAUAAAACUGUGUUAGGCAGUGGUACUUCUUGGCACCUACUUACAUGUGGGGAAAGGAGGUCUGGUUUUCAUGUGAUAAAUUUUCAAUUAAGAAAAUAACUUUCUAGUAUGUGGUGACAGCCUAAAAUCAUGACAGAAAUCUAUCUUAAAUGGUCAACAAAGUAAAGACAAAAGGAGUGGGAUGUGGGUCGAUAUUUGAGGUCAUCUGGAGUGCACCACAACAUCGAGCUCAGCCUCUAGGUUAUGCGAGUCUCCUAAAAUGAAGGCAUUAUCUGCCAACCCAGUAUGGCUGCCUCUGUUAUUUUAAGGUUUCUGAAGUGUUUUAGCACUGUGAAAUAAUCUGUCUCAAAUGGCUUCUGAGCCUCUUAGCCAAUUUCUGCCAGAUCUAAUAGGGAGAGCUCAAAGAUACUAAGUGCCUGUGAGUUUCACGGAAAGAAUUACCCAAGCAAAGAGCGAGUCCCAGACCCAGAGGCUGAGGAGGGAGAGGUUCUGGUCCCUUCCCAGAGGUGGACAGCUGGCCACCCUGGCCCUGGCAGGGGGCUGGGAGGCCGCCUGGGGUACACAGCCUGCACAAGUCUGGAGGAGAGAAGCGUGUAGGGAAUGAGGCUGUGUCAGUUCUGCUGCUUGCAAAGCAGCAUAUUAGGGAGUGCAGUUAAGCAUUCAAAAUGAUUAGUGAGGCUGGGUAGUAAAUUCCUUUCAUCAUUUUGACUGUCAUCUGAAAAUAUGCACUCUAGAUUUACCACAGAUUUGCUUGGUUUGGGCCAGGGAAUUUCAUUAAGUAAGUCCUGCAUCAUGUGAUGCACAAGGUUGCAUUAAAUGGUCCGGUGAUUAUUUCAAUUCUUCUGUUUGAACAAUCCUUUUCUGCAAAACAAUACUAACAGAGUGAGGAAGAAAAACUAAGCUUUGCUGUUUGGGAAAUACAAAGAGCCCAAUCUAUUUAACUGCUGGGGCUCUUUUUUUUUUUUUUUUUUUUUUUUUUUUUUUUUUUUUUUUUUU